UUUACCAUGAAGCUUGUCUCGAUAUUUGUAAUUAUUUAUGUAGUAAAACCAAUUGAGGCCUGCAGAAGGCCCGUCAUGUCCACCGGGGUGACUAAACCGCCGGGGGAGAGGGACUGGGAAAAAUGGGAUUUGCCGCCAUAUAACGAAGAUUGGACCGGGUUUGUUAAUUUAUUAGGAACGAGAGAGAUCAAGCAGAACAAAACGGCAGCCUAUGAUUCAGAAGAAGACCGUAUAAAAGAUGCACCAGGAUUUCCCAGUAGAUGGAUGCAUGUUGGGCCUGGUUUUCCUGGGCAGGAUCCACCAGCAAAGUCUAAGGUUAAUAAUUACGUUGGCCAAGCUGCAUAUUGUCUGGAUCCACAUGAUAGAGGAACUGGUAAAACAAUGUGGUAUUUACGAUGGUAUUACGACAGCGUGCGAAGUCGCUGCAGAAGGUUUGUGUACUCCGGUUUCGGCGGUAAUGCCAAUCGGUUCAUAAGCAAAUUGGCAUGCGAAAAGGACUGCAAGCACCCUCCAAGACCUUGCUGCGUCAAUGAAGUAUUGAUUGACUUCGAAAAAUUCUUAAACCCGCAUGGGGAACCAAGCUUCGGGUAAUUAAUAACUGUUAUAUAAUAGGUUUUCAUGUAAGCACUUGUCAAAGCGAAUCAGUGAUUGUGAUUUUUUUUAAUAAAUAAAAUGUACUGAAG